AUGCAGAAUUAUGAAAUUUUAGAUAAGAUUUAUGAAUCAAAAUCUACAAUCAUUCAUAAAGUAAGAAAUAUAAGAGAUAAUAACAUAUAUGCCAUGAAGGAGUUUAUUGGAUUUUAUAAUUAAGGUAUAAAAUUUAUUGUAUAUCUAGCUUUAAGUGAAAUAUAAAUUAUGAAGUAAUGUUAAAUACCUUUUGUUAUUAAACUAAAGGAAGUAUUUAGAUUAGAUGAUAAUGUUAUAAUAAUAAUGGAAUAUGCAGAUUAAGGAAAUUUAAAAUAGUUUAUAAAUGAGCAUCUUGGAAGUUUCAUUUCUGAGAGAGUGAUUUGUAAAAUACUUAUACAAAUCGUGUUUGUUUUAAUCUAUUUGAGAGAAAAUAAGAUAUGUUAUAAAGGUUUAAAUCCUGAAAAUAUAUUGAUACAUUAGGAAUAAGUGAGGAUUUGUGAUUUUGGAAUUGAUAACUUAAUUUAACAGCAAAAACCUAGUUAUAGACCUCCAGAAUUGUUAUUUCAUAAUAAAUUUUCAUACAAAUCGAUGAUGUAUUAAUUUGGUCUUGUAUUAUACGAAUUGACUACACAGAGACAAUUAUUUAAGUUAGAAUUUAUCGACCAAAUCAAAGCAGUCAUCCUUAAUGGAGGAGCGUAAUUGAAAUUAUCAUUUAAGAAUUGUUAAGAUUCCAUAGAUAUAUUCCAAGUAGCUUCGAUUCAUAAUUACAACUUGUCUUGAUCUCCAAGAAACAGAUAGAUUAGAUAUUCGACAAUUAGUACAUAAUGAAAACUUUAAAAUCUUAUUAAAAUAAAAGCAUUUCAAUUUUACUUAUGAAUAAUAAGAUACUUUUGAGUUUUGGUGUAAUAAUAAAUAGCAAAAAUAAAAAAGGAAGAGUGUUUGUACUGAUAAUUUUUAAUUUGAUAUCAAAGAUUAAACACAAAAAGAUUAAUAAAUUAUUUAAGAAGAUAAAUAAAAUAAUAAUAAAACAAUCAAUCUUGGAAUUAAAAAUAAAAGUAAAUAAACUAUUCCUAAAUUAAAUUUAAAGAAACCAUAAGAUGAUACAUUAACUCUCAGACCAAUUUCAUAAUAAACUAAAGGAACUUAAUCAUAUACUAUUAUGAAAAGUAAUACUUUUACUAGAUAAAAUUUUGUAUCAUCUACUCAUAGAAAAUUAGUUUCUCCAAUUCCUAAACCAUAAUGGAUUGAUUUCUUGUAAAAGCCUUAAUAUUUAGAUGCUCCAAUCAAACCAUAAACAAUAAUAAAUAAUUUAAUCAAAUUAAAAAUGGAAUAAUGUGUUGAAACUAUUGGAAUUGAAGAAACAAGAUAAACUUUAAAUAGAUUAAGAUAAGGGGGUUCAGUAAAUGAAUUUCUUAAUAAAUAUCAAGACUCUAAACAUCAUUGCAUAGCAAGACAUAUGUAAGAUAUAAUUUCAUUUACAUAAUUAUGA